AUGCACGGUCAUCGGUAUCUGAGGCUGGAUGGUGCAACCAAAAUUGAACAGCGACAGGGCUUGACAGAGCAAUUUAACAAUGACAAGCGAAUCUUGUGCUUCAUCUUGUCGACCCGAAGUGGUGGACUAGGAAUCAACCUAACUGGGGCGGACACAGUUAUUUUCUAUGACUCUGAUUGGAACCCUUCAAUGGAUAAGCAAUGUCAAGAUAGAACACAUCGUAUUGGACAAACUCGAGACGUGCAUAUUUACCGCUUUGUGACUGAAUUCACGAUUGAAGAGAAUAUCUUUAAGAAAGCCAACCAAAAGAGGUAA